GCCUUGCCAAGCACAUGGACAUGGUGUCACAUGCCUUGGAUGUGCACGCUCACCGCGUGGAGGCGGAGACGUUGGCAAAGAACUCGGAUGCCGUGGCGGCAGCACUAGCGCUGCACCUUCACAUGCAGGGCGAUGUCGACAAGGCGCAAGCCAAUGCCGACACGCCUGUGGUGGCGGAGGCCCUGUCCCGGCACGUCCGCCUUCUGGAGGAGCAAAGCUUCCAAGUCGCUUUCGCCCUCGCGGGCCACCUCCUGGAGCAGCUGUUGCAGGGCCCAGCAGAAGACAUAGAGCUCGUCAGUGAGGCGCUUGCGCCGCAUGUGCUCUCACUGCCUGCCGAUCUUGCAGGGGAGUCUGAGUUAGGCGCCGAUGUUCAGAUUGCAGCAAAGGCUCUGGCGAGGCAAAUGCUGCAGACAGCCGCCGAGGAAGCAGGCCGAGAUGCCGCUUCAGCUGGGGGAGGGGACAGCGCCGGUGGCUGCUCCGGAGGUGGCAGCAUGCUUCCCGAAGAUGGCCGCGAAGUCAACGGCUUCGAAGACUCGGCAGUAGAGGGUGGAGGUGGCAUGGGCGGUGGAGCGGCUUGCGACCUGGAGGUCCCUGCCGUCGCACAGGGGGGUGGCGGUGCCAGCAGUGCCCCAACUGAGGAGUGCGGACCCACGACUCCCACAGACGACUUCAUAUCUGCUGCCAGAAUCGCACUCGCACGGCAUGUUUUCAACUUCUCCACUCCAUCGGGUGCGCAGAGUAGCCACCGGUCCUCGAGUUCUCGAGUGGAUGGAGGUGGCCCCGUGUCGAUCCUCGAGGAGGUCCGUGAAACGGAGAUGACAGAAAUGGCGGCUGCUAAGGCCUUGGCCGAACAUCUGCUCAAACUGCACCAGGACACGCAGCUCACUAGCAAGGCUUUGGCGCGGCACUUGUUGUCUUUCCCCGAAAGUGCUGGCUUAGGAAGUGCCUUGUCGGAUGAGCCUCCUGGCCCCCCUCCCUGCAGCCCCCAUGGGCAAGCUGGAACUUGGCAGGCAGAGCCAAGUGAAGAGGUUGCAGCCGCCUUGGCGCGACAUCUCCUGACCCUUGAGGAAGGCAAACUGCCUGAAGAGAGCAAAGCUCCCAACCCCCUUCCCUGCAGCCCGCAUGGGCAAACAUGGCCGAGAGAUGCAAGCGAAGAGGUGGCCGUCGCCUUGGCACGUCAUCUCAUGGCCCUUGAGGAAGGAAACUUGCCUGAAGAGAGCCCGGCAAGCCACGAUGCAUGUGUGAGCUCCAACCCCAGCGUGGAGAUCAACACAGUUGCCAGGGCUUUGGCACACCAAGUGUUGAACAUGGAGGUAGGGUCAGGAGCACAAACCUGUGAUCCUGAUACAGUCGCUGUGGCACGGGCACUGGCGCACCACGCCUUAGGAUAA